AUGGCCCGGAGCAUGCGCCGCCAAGUCCUGGCCCAGGGCUACGGCGUCGUAUUAACAUACGCCAAGUGGGGAUCGCCCAAUGAGGACGGUGCAACACCGUCAGCCGCUGAACCUCGUAGACCGGACCACGUAGCGGAUGCGAUGGAUGGGAACCAAGCCUCCAUGGCAGAGCUGCAGACGGCUGUUCAGAACUUGGGAUACGACGGAGACUGCGCUCGCCCACACCUGCAAGACCCGAAGCGGCAGAUCCGCCUCUUUGCUCUCCAGCCCGGAGAUCCUGGCAGCACUAUUCGGGGUGCUUUCAGUAUAGCCAACCUCGACGACGGGCCAUCUUACCACUGCGUCUCAUACGUCUGGGGCGAUGCCCUGAACACCACGGAUAUCGUUGUGGGCGCGGAGGCGUUCACCGUGACGACGUCCCUCUUCUCGGCUUUGUGCCGCAUCAGAUCCUCCCGGGACACCAUCAACCUGUGGGCCGACGCACUCUGCAUCAACCAGGAGGACAAUGAAGAGAAACGCCUGCAGGUCAACAUGAUGUUCGAGAUCUACAGCAGGUGCACCAGCUGCUUCAUCUGGAUGGGCGAAAUCGACACGGACCGCGAGGGACUCACUGUUGACACCGCCCGGGUCGCUUUCGACUUCAUCAGCCUCCUGAUCACGGCCGGCCCUGAAGACCCUUGGCCAGAAACCCUCGCAGCUCCCGAGUCGCGCCUGUCGGUCGGCCGGACGCUGCGCGCCUUGAUGGAGUGCCCGUGGUGGUCGCGGGUGUGGACGCUCCAAGAAUGCGUCGCUCCCGGCGCGGCGACCGUUCUCUGGGGUCCGCUGUCGAUCCCGUGGGCUUCCGUUCUGAAAGCCGGCAGAAGGAUCCUGCGGGGCGUGUCCGAGGGCUGGGAGGACCAUCUGAACGCCAUCAACUGGGAGGCGAACUUCUCCGCCGUGGCGGUGCCCCUCCUCUCGCUGGACGAGGAAACCAAGGCGCGGGACGCCGAGUGCAGGAUACCGGCCCUCGAUCUCUUCUGGCGGUACACCCAGCGUCAAGCGACGGACCCGCGCGACAGGGUUUACGCCUUGCUUCCGUGGGUCGGGCAUGCCCUGGAGAGCGUGGCGUCGAGCGACUACGAGGUGAGCUACGAGGAGCUCUACGGCCGCGUGACUGCGGAUCUCAUUCGGUUCGACCGGUCGCUGCUGCCCUUGAUGGGACGCCCGCCGGGCGAGGUGCCGCUGGAAGGGCCGUCUUGGGUGCUGGACUGGGUGCGGAUGGAGAAGGGCAUCGCGGAGACCGCCGACGGACUGAAUUUCUGGGUCUCCAACCUCUUCCACGACGAGUUCGAUGCCUGCCGCGGCCUCCCCGCGAUGGAAACGAGCAAUCUGGUUUCGGACGAUGGCCGCCGUCUUCACCUGCGCGGCUUCUGCGUGGACACGGUCGCCAUGGCGGCCGUUCCGUCGACGGAGACCUUGGGAGACGAAGAUGAGCUUGGCGGGUACACUGCCGAGCCUUUGGUGGCGCGUUGGAGACGAUAUAUGGCAGCCGAUGUUCUGGACCUCCUGGCCCGGCAGGAAGGGUCAGAUCGGAACACGGCGAUGGACAAGCUGCUGCGUCUGAACCAAGAGAUCGAGGAGGUCUUGAACGGCAUGAUGAUAUCCGAAGAAAAGGAAGACCCGGGCAUCGAAGGUCUCAUGCUGAGGGACAGCUGGAGAGGAAACUGGCUGGCUUGCGGCAAGCGGGACGUGUUCAUCACGAGCUCCGUCGGUUUCGGACUGGGUCCCUGCAGCAUGAGACCGGGGGACGAGGUCUGGGUUCUCUGCGAGGGGAGGAUGCCGUUCUUGCUGAGGCCGGUCCGGGAGGAGGGGGAUGGGGGUGGUGAGUUGUUGACGGUGCCUGGACGAUCCGGUGUUUACCGACUGGUGGGCGAGUGCUACAUGCACAGCGUGAUGGAAGGCCAAGCGGUGGAGGAAGAAACGGCUCGUUUGCGGACGAUAACCAUAUGCUGA